AUGAAAGGAGCAAAUAUUUAUAGAAUGAAAGGGAGACAUCUUUCUGUUACUCUGCUUGUCCUCACUUUUACAACCAUAUUUCUCUGGGCAUGGGAAAAGAAUCCUUUUGUUACUACCAUGCAGUCAGCGCAAGAGCAGUUUAAUAUUCAUACUUCAGAUUUUGUUAUUUAUACCCCCAAAAGCUCAUCUUCUGAUUAUUUGACCCCAAACGAGCAUGUUGAGGAAACAGAUUCUGAGUCUACAAGAUCAGAAGAAUCACAAGUACCAGAAAAAGAAUUUGAUGCCUCAAAUUUUACCAACUCAUUUGUUCCUCAUAUGGAAGAUAGUGGUUCAGAUAGGACACUGUCUUCUAAGAUAAAAGACUGCAAUUAUUCCAAAGGCAGAUGGGUUGCAGAAAGCCAGCGGCCUUUGUAUUCUGGGUUUGAAUGUAAACAGUGGUUAUCUGAAAUGUGGGCAUGUAGACUAACCCAGCGGACAGAUUUUUCAUUUGAGGGGUACCGUUGGCAACCAGAAAACUGCAAAAUGCCGGAGUUUGAGAAAUCUGCAUUCUUGAGAAGGAUGCAGGACAAAACAAUUGCAUUUAUAGGAGAUUCAUUGGGCAGGCAACAAUUCCAAUCUUUGAUGUGCAUGGCCACUGGCGGAGAAUGGAGGGCUGAUGUUGAAGAUGUGGGAAGAGAAUAUGGUCUUGUUAAACAUCGUGGAGCCAUUCGUCCUGAUGGCUGGGCUUAUCGGUUUUCAAACACCAAUACCACCAUUUUGUAUUACUGGUCAGCAAGCCUUGCUGACUUAGAGCCUUUGAAUAGCACUGACAAAGCCACUGAUGUUGCUAUGCAUCUGGAUCGUGCACCAGCCUUCAUGAGACGAUUCCUUCAUCGGUUUGAUGUGUUAGUUCUUAACACAGGACAUCAUUGGAACAGAGGGAAGAUCACAGCAAACCGUUGGGUGAUGUAUGUAAAUGGGAAGCCCCUUAGAGAUAAACAACUCAUGGCAAUUGGGAAUGCCAAGAAUUUUACAGUGCAUAGUGUUGCCAGGUGGCUUGAUUCACAGCUCCCUUCUCAUCCUCGACUUAAGGCAUUCUUCAGGACCAUCUCACCAAGGCAUUUCCGCAAUGGGGACUGGAAUACUGGUGGUAAUUGUGACAAUACUACUCCCUUGACUGGAGGGAGCGAAAUCUCACAGGAUGAAUCAAGUGAUCCAGUUAUUGCAGCAGCUGUUAAAGGUACAAACAUCACGCUGUUGGAUAUUACUGCUCUCUCUGAGCUAAGAGAUGAGGGUCACAUCUCAAGGUACAGUGUUAAGGCAACAACAGGUGUAAAUGAUUGCCUGCAUUGGUGCCUGCCUGGCAUUCCAGACACGUGGAAUGAACUUCUUGCAGCACAGGUAUAG